ACUACUCCUAAGUCCUGUAACAAAUAUAAUUUAUAUGGCAUCAAUAACGCUUAACUUCUCCGUGGAAGUCAGUGCGCCAGAGCUAAUCAAACCGGAGAAACCAACACCAAGAGAAUUCAAAUACUUAUCAAACAUUGAUGACCAAAUAGGAUUAAGAAACCACAUACCAUUUGUGCAUUUCUAUCUCCCAACUAUGCAUGCCAAUCAUGAUCAUAAUGACCCAGUUGCGAUGAUAAAACAGGCAUUGUCUAAGGUUCUUGUUUACUACCAUCCGGUGGCGGGUCGGCUAAGGAAUGGUGACAAAGGUAAGCUUGUUGUGGACUGUUGUGGUGAGGGGGUGAUCUUUCGUGAAGGCAACGCAGAUAUCAAACUGGCAGAGCUGUGCAACGCUGUUGAUGAUGAUGGGUUGAAGCCACCGUUUCCUCAAUGGGAUAAACUGUUGGUGGAUGACAUUUGGGGUAGCAACUUCAUCAUUGACUCAUCCUUGCUUCGCAUGCAGGUAACGAGAUUUGCAUGUGGUGGAUUUGUCUUGGCCUACACAUUCAACCAUUGCAUAUGUGAUGCUUAUGGUGCUUACCAAUUCAUAAAAGCAAUCUCAGAAUUUUGCACCAAUCCAACCCAAACCACUCCUACUGCGUUACCAAGCUGGGGAAGAGAAACUCUGAAACCUCGUUCAUCUCUCACCAUUUCCUACCCCCAUCUUGAGUAUGGAACAUCUAAGAAUCCUACCAUUACCUAUGCAGAAUCCCAAUUCAAAACCUUAGCUCAAACAUCAAUAUUCCUCUCUCCGACCGAUAUAUCACUCCUCAAAAACCAACCCAAUAACCAAAAACUCCCAACCUUUGAUGCUGUAUCAGCUUGUCUAUGGAGAGCAAGAACAAGAACACUUCUCAACCCUGAAUCCACAACUAGACUUCUCUUCCCAAUCGACACUCGCUUUCGAUACAAACCGCUAUUGCCUAAAGGUUACUAUGGAAGUGCUGUUGUGUUUCCAUGUGCAAUAACAAAAGCAUCAGAACUUGUUGAUAAACCAUUGAGUUAUGCAGCAGGUUUGAUAUCAGAAGUGAAAAAAGAAGUUGGUGAGGAUGAAUACAGGGCUUCUGUGUUGGAUUUCAUCGAAGCGAAUGGACGAAAAGGGUUUCAUUCUGAAGGAGCAUUUGUUGUUUCGGAUAUGACUCGGUUAAGGUUUGGAGAAUUGGAUUUUGGUUGGGGAAAAGGGAUAUAUGGUGGACCUUCAAGGGCUGGAACUGGUUUGGUACCUGGAAUGGUAACUUCACUUGUUACUCAUAAGAAUAAAGAGGGUGUUGUUGGAAUUUUGGCUUUGGUUUCUUUACCUCAAGAAUUUGUUGACAAGUUUCAUAAGGAAAUAAGGAAAGAGAUUAAUGAUUGUAAUAUUGCUGUUGGAAAACUUGUUUCUGCUUUGUAAAGCUUAUGAACAUGGAGGAUCAAAUAUUCAAUAGGACUGAA